AUGGAGGCCGUGUCGCAAUUCUGGGGCAAAGGCCUCGAUACCAAAGUUGAUCCAGUUCGAGAUGCUCUAUACAACUACGAUGCCGAGGCCCAGAAAGCAAUCAACGACGAUCGCCCAUGGGCAAGGGAUCCAAAUUACUUUAAGAUGGUUCGCAUCAGUGCAAUUGCUCUCAUCAAGAUGGUGAUGCACUCCCGGUCCGGUGGCUCUCUCGAGGUGAUGGGCCUGAUGCAAGGCUAUGUUGAUGGAACAACUCUUGUGGUCACAGACGCUUUCCGCCUGCCAGUAGAAGGCACUGAAACACGAGUCAACGCUCAAGACGAAGCAAACGAGUACCUUGUGGAAUAUCUGAAACUUUGUCGUGACCAAGGCCGCAUGGAAAAUGUCAUAGGGUGGUACCACUCGCACCCUGGGUAUGGCUGCUGGCUCAGUGGCAUCGACGUGAGUACUCAAGCAAUGCAGCAAACAUUCAACGAUCCCUUUGUUGCCGUUGUUGUCGAUCCCGACAGAACGAUCAGUGCUGGAAAAGUAGAGAUUGGCGCGUUCAGAACAUAUCCUGAAAACUUUAAGGCUGCAGAAAGCGGCCCAGGGAACUACUCGGGCGCUGCGUCGGAUGGUUUCCAGUCUGUUCCACUAAAUAAAGCGGACGAUUUCGGAGCUCAUUCGAGUCGUUAUUACAGCCUUGAAAUUGAGCACUUCAAGAGCUCCUUGGACGCCUAUCUUCUGGACCUCCUCUGGAACAAGUACUGGGUCCAAACACUGUCCCAAAGUCCCCUCCUAACUAACCGAGACUACGAAAACAAACAAAUUCUCGACCUCGGGCAGAAGAUCAAGGAAGUCACAGCCACAAUCCAACGUGUCGGCCGCGGUGGUGGCCAGACAAGUGGCACUGGGGUUGGUUCGGCUUAUGGCAGUGGUGGCAUGGCAAGAAAGUCAAUACAGCAGGCGUCGGAGAGAGUCGAGCGCAAUAGUAAAAUUCUCGCGGCGAGAGAGAGAUCAGGUUUAAUGGCCAGUGACAUAAAGUCAAACGUCUUUAACUCGGACCCAACAAACACUGGCGCCAGCGCUGGGACAAGUACCGAUUCAGCAACCAUUACAAAACCUCCGUUGGCAUAG